UGAGGGGGGCGUGGUUUGUGGUGAUUUAUGCCUGUGGUGGGCGGGGUUUAUGCAAAUUAGGGCUGAGGGGUUGUCGCUGGUUUGUUGUGGGCGUGGUUUAUGCUAAUAUCCAGCCCGGUGGGCGUGGUUUAUGCUAAUGAGAGGUCCCUCGGGGGGGGCUUGGCAGCUGAGGCGCCAGCGCGGGGGCGUGUCUAUUCUAAUGCCUGUCCGGGGGCGCGGUUUAUGCUAAUGAAUUCCUCUCCCUGGCUCUCUGGGGGGGCCGCGGGGCCGCGGGGGGGGUCCCGUUAAAUCCCCCGCUCCCCCCCGGUCCCCGCCGCGUCCCCCCGGGACCCUCGGUGUCCCCGGGAGUUCCGGCGGCGGCGAUCAGGCAGCGCCGCGAACCCCUAAGCGGCGGGGCCCGGCGGGGUCCUGGCGGCGGCGCCCGUGCGGGGGCGCCUGGGAGACCCCGCGCCGGGCGCCGCUCAGGCCUCACGUUGUCAUGGAUGAUGAAGAUGGGCGGUGCCUGUUAGACGUCAUCUGCGAUCCGCAGGCCCUGAACGAUUUCUUGCAUGGAUCCGAGAAGAUCGACAGCGAUGAUCUCCUGGACAACUCCGGAGACGCCACCAGCGCCUUCUUCGAAGGUGCCGGGCUCCACGGCCAGGAGAGCGCGGGGAACCCCCUGAGCUCGGAGCCCAGCCAGCCCCCGGCCAGCGUGGACCUGGAUUUCCUGGAGGAUGACAUCCUGGGCUCCCCCGGCGGCGCCGGCGCGGGCGCCGAGCAGCCGUGCGACAUCCUCCAGCAGAGCCUGCAGGAGGCCAACAUCACCGAGCAGACCCUGGAGGCCGAAGCCGAGCUGGACCUGGGCUCCUUCCAGCUCCCGGCCCUCCAGCCGGUGGUCCAGGCCGCCGAGGGCGCGCCGCAAAUCUUCUCCGGCGGCGCCGCCGACCUGCUGGGGCUGCAACCGCCGGCCGUGCUGGCGCCGCAGGCGUUGGUGCAACCGCCGGACGUGGUCAACAAAGCCAUCAGCGUCCAACCCUUCCUGCAGCAGGUGGGGCUGGGGAACGUCACCAUCCAACCUCUGCCCAACCUCCCCGGGCUGCCCAACGGGAGCCCCGGCGGAGCUUUGGGUUUGGGACCCAUCCAGGUGGUUGGGCAGCAGGUGAUGGCCAUCAACCAACCGGCGGCGCCGCAGCUGCUGGCCAAACCGGCGCCGGUGGCGGCCGUGGGCGGUUACAUCGCCCAGCCCGAGGCGGGCGCGGCGUCGGGAGCGGGGUUGGUGAUCCAGAAGAGCCUCCCCGCGGCGGCGGCGGCGGCGGCGGCGGGCGCGGCGCUGAACGGCGGUUCGGUGUUCGGCGGAGUUUCGGCGGCGUCGGCGCAGCCGCUGGCGGUGGCGUCGGGUUUGGGCGGUUCCUUGGUGCCGGCGCCCAACGUGAUCAUUCACCGCACGCCGACGCCCAUCCAGCCCAAACCGGCCGGCGUGCUGCAGCAGAAGCUCUACCAGAUCACGCCAAAACCUUUCGGCGCCCUGCCCGGCGAAACGCCGGCCAAACCCCAGCAGAACCUCACCUUCAUGGCCGGCAAAGCGGCGCCCAACGUGGUUCUCCAAGGAUUCCCCCAAAACGUCUUCAAGCCGCCGCCGCCGCAGCCGCCGGCGCUCGGCAAAUCCAUGAGCGUGCACGUGCUGAACCAGGGCGGUUCCAUCGUCAUCCCGGCGCAGCCCUUCCAGGGCCAGAACCAAUUCCUGCUGCCCAGCCAGCUGGCCGGAGCCUCGGCCGUGCCGCUGCCGCAGCCGCUGUCGGCGCUGCCGGCGGGCGUCGGCGGCCAGCUGCUGCCGGGAGCGGGUCAGGCUCACAUCAUCGCCGGCCAAAGCGCCGGCGCUCAACUUUUGGCCAACCCCGCCUUGCCGGCGCAGCUCCUCAACCAAAACCUGGCCGGUCAGCUCAACCUGGGCCCGGUGCUGGCGUCGCCGGGAGCGCCGGGCACCGCUCACAUCCUGUCGGCGGCGCCCAUCCAGCUGCAGCCGGGGCAGGUGGCGCCGGGCCCGGCCUUGUUCCAGAUGCCGGUGUCGCUGGCCGGGACCUUGCCCAGCCCCGGUUCGGCGGCGGCGCCGGCGCCCACGGUGAUCCAAGGGGUGACGCUGGCCAGUCCCGUGGCGGUGCUGAACGCCGCCGAGGCCGCGCCGGGAGGCGCCGGCAGCCCCGAGCCGGGAGCGGCGCCGGGGACGCCGCAGGUGGCGGCCGGGAGCAGCCCCGGGAGCGGGAGUCCGGAGAAAAUCCUGCUGGGAACGGCGGCGGCGGCGGCGGCGGCGCUGGGGCAGGAGGGAGUGCCCAUGUUCCUGCAGCAGCCGAAAAUCCCGGGAACGUCCCCGGGGGACCCCCCGGCUCCUCUCCCUUCACCCCAAAUCCCUCCGAUCCCAUCCCAGCUUUCCCAGAUCCCAUCCCAACAUUCCCAGCUCCCUCCUCGUCCUCCCUCGCAGCCUCAGCCGCUCUCCCGUCCUCCCUCCCGGCCUCAUUCCCGGCCUCCAUCCCAACCCCGGCCGCCUUCGGAGCCGCCGCGCCCGGAGCCGCCCCCGGGGCUCUUCGGGGUCCCCCCGGCUCCUUUCCCGGAGCCCCCCGAGCAUUCCCAGUCCCCUCAUUCCCAAUCCCAACAUUCCCAGUUCCCGCUGCCGGGGAUGAAGGCGGCGGCGGCGGCGGCUCCGGGGCUGCUGCCUCCGGAACAUUCCCGGAGUUUCCCGCUGAUCCCGGCGCCUUUCCAGCCCCUGCCCGGCCCCGCCGCCACGCAGAAGGCGGGAGCGGAGAGAUUCCAGCAGGUGCCCCAGGGGCUGCUCCUGCAGCCCAAGCCGCCCUCGUCCAGCCCGGCCCCGUUCCCGGCUCCGGCCGCUCCCGUCCUGGUUCCGGCGGCUCCGGGAACGCCCGGCCCCGCCCUCGGAGCCGGCGCCGGCGGCAGCGCCGCCUCAGGUGCCGCCGCCCCGGCCGACUCCAAGCCCUUCCCGGCCGUUCCCGGAUCCGUUCCCGGAGCCGUUCCCGGAUCCGUUCCCGCCGGGAAAGCGGCUCCGGCUCCCGGGAAACCGGGGGCUCCCCUCCCCCCCCCGCAGCCCGCACAGGCGAAGCCGGGCGGGAUCAAAGGCCCCCCCCAACCCUCGGGGGGAGGGAAGGGCCCCCAGGCCCCGCCCCUGCUGGAGGCGAAGCUGGCGCUGAAGAAGCCGCCGGCGCUGCAGCCCAGUAAAGAGGCCUGUCUCCUGGAGCAGCUGCACAAGCACCAGGGCGCGGUGCUGCACCCGGAAUUCCGAACCCCGUUCCGCUCCGUGGGCGACGCCCUGCGCCGGCUGCUGCCCUACCACGUCUACCAGGGGGUGCUGCCCGGGGAGCCCGAGUGCCGCCGCGUGGACGAGGAGUUCGAGGCGGUGUCGGAGCAGCUCCUGCGCCGCACGCGGGCGAUGCUCAACAAGUACCGGCUGCUGCUCCUCGAGGAAUCGCGGCGCUCCAGCCCCUCGGCGGAGAUGGUGAUGAUCGACCGGAUCUUCAUCCAGGAGGAGAAAACGGCGCUGGCGCUCGACCGGCAGCUGGCACGGGAACGGCCCGACGAAUACGUCUCCUCUUCCUCCUCCUCCUCCUCCUCCUCCUCCUCCUCCCGCCCCCUCCCCCCCUCCUCCUCCUCCUCCUCCUCCUCCCUGCCCCUCCCCCAACCCUCCCCCGCCCCUCCCCCUCCCUCCCCCGCCCCUCCCCCCGCCCCCCCCAAGCUGCUGAUCAAGCACGGGGGGGGCUCCCCCAGCGUCACCUGGCCCAGAGCGGAUCCCAGGGUGGAUCCCGAGGAGGCGCUGCCCUCGCGGAGCCGCCCCCCGAUGAAGACGUACGAGGCUCGGAGCCGCAUCGGCCUCAAGCUGAAGAUCAAGCAGGAGGCCGGGCUGAGCAAAGUGAUCCACAACACGGCGCUGGAUCCCCCCGGGAUCCCCCCGCCGGGGAUCCCCUCCCAGCUCAACGGAUCCCUGGAGAAGAAAACGCCGACGACGACGCCGGCGGUGCUUCCUCCUCCUCCUCCUCCUCCUCCUCCUCCCGUGGCGGCGGCGGCGGCGGCGCCGUGCCGGCUCCCGCUGCGGAAAUCCUACCGGGAGAACCGGCCGGGGACGGCGGCGCUGCGGCGGGAUCCGGGAUCCGCCGGCGGGAUCCGCCCCGGGAAGGGACCCCCGGAGGAGGGGUCGGACGGGGAGGAGGAGGAGGAGGAGGAAGGAGCCGGGCUGGAGCCGCCGUGGGGCGGGAAGCGGCGGCGAGCGGAGCUGCCGGAGGUGGACAACGCCUCCUUCUCCAGCGACAGCCCCCAGGACGAUUCCCUGAGCGAGCACCUGCAGAGCGCCAUCGACAGCAUCCUCAACCUGCAGCAGCCCCGCCCCGGCGUCCCGGCACCGGGAUCAUCAUCCUCAUCAUCAUCAUCGUCGUCAUCGUCGUCAUCCUCAUCCUCGGGAUCGGCGGGAUCGGCCGCCGGAUCGCCCUUCCCCCGCCGCGCCGAGCCCCUCCUGCCCCCGCCCAGCCACAACGGCGGCCUGGGAGCCGCACGGACGUGCACCAGAUGACCCCGGGAGACACCGGGAAUGGCCGGGAAAACGCCGGGAAAACACCGGGAAACGCCGGGGAAAACCGGGAAAAACCGGGAAAA